CACAUAACACAAUGUGGAGCAAUAUCUUCCUCUUUGCUCUUCUGUUUUCCACUUACAAUAAUGUUGCAGUCCAAAGCUUUUGCGUUGCAGAUCUGAAGGGAGCACAAACCCCUGAAGGGUUCCUUUGCAAGCCACCCACUUCAGUAAAAGUGGAUGACUUCAUUCUCUCCGGCCUAAAACCUCCCACCACCCCGCCCUCAUCCAACUCUUCCAAGAUCACACUAACCCCCGCAUUUGUCCAGCAAAUCCCUGGCCUUAACGGCCUGGGAUUCGCCGUGGCGCGGUUGGACAUGGAUGUAGGGGGUAUAGUCCCAUUGCAUUCUCACCCAGAUGCCUCUGAGAUGCUCAUAAUCGUGCGUGGAACCGUAACUGCUGGAUUCAUAGCAGCUGAUAAUUCUGUUUUUGUGAAGAGAUUGAGAAGCGGUGACGUCAUGGUUUUGCCACAAGGGUUGUUGCAUUUUCAGUUGAAUUCUGGAAAUGGAAAAGCCCUAGUUCAUCUCGCUUUUAGUAGCUCAAAUCCGAGUACACAGCUUCUUGAUGUUGCGUUGUUUGGUAGCAACUUGAAUUCUGAUUUGAUCACCAAGACUACGUUACUUGAUCUUUCUGAAGUGAAGAAGCUCAAGGCUGUUUUUGGUGGCAGUGGAUAAUGGCUUCGUUAGUGAGAUCAUGUUGGUUAACUCAUAUUUAAUCCGUUGCUUCUAUUUUGUAACGUGA